AUGCCAACUGCUCCUAAUCAGACGUGUCUGACAGUGCAGUAUUGUAUUGUAAUUAGUAUACUAAUAAGUUCCAAGUUCAAAGGUUGUAUCGUCACAUUAGGAACAAGAGUACCAUCGCAACAAAAAUCUGACCAGUGUUGUGGGAUGAUGGUUUCUUCGCUUGCUAAACUGUUUAAAAAGGUUAAAUCAAAUAAACGCAAUUUUAAACUGUUUGGUUCGCGUAACUCGGAACAGUAUGCGCUCGUAAAUACUGUGAAGGCUCGACCGAUUAUAUCUAGAAGAAAUACUGAGCAAGAAAAUGUGCUUGAAAAAGAAAUUCCGUACAUAACGCCAGAUUUAUCACAUUUAACUGUUCAUGAACUAAAAAUACUUAAGGAAGUAUUAGAGAAGCAAAGUAAAUUUGAAGCCGAUACCGACGAAUUUAAAAGGCAACUAAACGAUAAAGUACGAGAUUGGGAUAAAAGACUAACUGCUCCUGGUAAAGAUCGCAAUCGCUGCCAAAAUUGCUAUACUACAAAGUUUGUAGAUGGUCAUGGUCGUAUCUGCCAUAACUGUAAAUCAACAAUCUGCGGGCGAUGUGGCCUGUAUACUCCAUCGUCGCCUGAUCCUAAGCAAAGUAAAACAGCAUGGAGAUGUAAAGUCUGUUGGUAUAAUAUGGAAUUCUAUCACAAGACAGGAUUUUGGUAUCAUGGUAGUCGCUCUGAACUAGUAGUUAAUCGUAGGGAACUAAUGGGUUCGGUCAUGGAAAAUUUAAAAUCGGGUUUAUCUAGCAAGGAUGAUAUCAAUCAUGAAUCGAAAUUACCUGGACUUGAUGACGAAUCAAAAUGGAUUUUAUUACGACAUAAUGAUAAUCAUCGACCUUACCCUUGGUGUAUGGGAAUACUCAUCCUAGGUGGUGUUCUUGUUGGUAAAGAUACUACCUAUGCCGUUAUCGAUAAUAUGGAAAGAGAAACGGAGUUAGAAUAUGAGUCGAAAAUGACAAUCGGUGAUAUCGUCAUAUCAUGGGAUGGUCAUACUCUAAUAAACAAGUCCUUUGAGGAAGUAAGGAGUAUUGUAUCGACGACUGCUGAUGCAGUUUGUAUUCGUGUUUGCCGAGCAACAGAAAGUGCUUUUGUUCAAGACUUACGAAUGAUACCGGAUACAAUGACUGGUGAAAAUAACUUUAUCAAAAUAGUACUUAGCAGUAGCUGGGAGACCUUCAACAUGGAGGAUACUCGUAAAGUGUCGACAGAAAAUACUAAAAAGACCUUACUUUCUGUUCAAGAUACUAGUGCAGACGACAUGGAAAGUUCUCAGGAAAUAACUCAAGAGGCAUUCAAUGAUAAUCCCCGUAAUGGUAGAAUCAAGCUUAGUGUUAAAUAUCAUGAUUCUGGAAGACUGGAAGUUUAUAUCGCGGAAGCAGCGGAUAUAAACCCCGAUGAAAUUACUAGCGAUUCCAUUUUUUAUGUUCAGCUGUGCUUUAUAACGCAAGAUGGCGAAAUAAGUGAAGUUUGGACGUCUUUGUCUAUGGACGAUUCUAAAUCCACAAAACUCGAAUGGAACCAGUUAUAUUCUUGUACAAUAAAUCAUAAUGAACUAUUGAAGACAUCCCUUGCUGUUAUUUUAUGGCAACUGAGUAGUAAUAUUACGAAAGUGCGAGAAGUUAUAGUUAAUCCUGAACGAGCUGCCCUCGAAGUAGAGCCUCAAUGGUAUCAAUUAUAUCCCCACGAUGACAACUUUUUCGAACUUCCAUCGCCUCCAUGCUCCGAGAAAGUUCACGAACCUGAAAUGAUGAACAUUCAACAUGCUAUUCCUGAAGCUAUUGUUCAAGACAACGAUUUGACAGAUCACCCUGAGCAAGUGCAAAAAGUAGAUGUGAAAGCUUCAGCUAAAUUACGCGAAGUAAUCGCUGUUAAGACACUCCGUAAGGCCUCAAAUCUUGCAUCAUCCAGCCAAGGUAUGACACGAAAUCCUGGUGAAGAUCCGCAAUAUAAGAAAGAUUUGUUCCAGAGACGCAGGUCUAGUCUCGAUGGAGUAGCUUGCAAAGACGUUAGUGAAACUCUCGCAUUAUCGUAUAAUGAUGCACAACGAGCAGAUCGAACUGAUAGUGCAAAUAUAUCCGAAUCGGGCAUUAUGGAAAACUACUGCUUUAGUGGAAUCAGGUCAACGAGUCACGUAGUUCCUCGAAGUGACUCUGUAUCUAGUUUUUGUAGUUAUCAAGAUAUGACCUCUACAACGGAUUAUAGCGAUACUGAAGUAAAGAAGCAAGAAAGUACCAGUGGAACAAGAUUUAGAAAGAAGAGAGGCAGAACCAAUUCUAAAUCUUCAUUGCUAGAAAGACUCUUGCUGAAAGGUCGAUUAACAGAAAACAACGAUAAAAUAUUUAGUUGCCCGCCAAGUCCAAAUUCUGAGCGUUAUAGACGUACUAGCAAAAAUUCCGUAGAUAAUAGUCCAAUCCCAGGUGAUGCUACUCCAGUGCGGACACGUUGGCAGCUCAAUUCAGAGGUAAUUGAAGAUAGAUUGGAAGCUAUAAGUCAACAAAACCUUGGACCUGGACAAAUAGCUGCAAAUUCUGGUCAAUUUGGAGUAAAUAUCAGUCGAAACGUCGGUGCUCUUCAGCUGACCAUACGAGAAGUCGAAAAUAGCUUACAACUCCAUAUCAUUAGAGCAGUUAAUUUAAUGGCAACUGUAGUAUUACCAGAUACCUUUGUAAAGAUUUAUUUAAUGGAAGGUGGAAUACACAAUAUCAAAAAUAAAAAGCGGAAUAUCGUGCACAAAGCUAAGAGUCGAUCAGUUAAAAACACAAAGAGUCCAAUCUACGAUUUCAUGCUAUCAUUUUCGAAUUAUAAGAAAUCUCAAGUUCUAUAUUUGACUGUCUGGUCUAUGGAAUCUAGCAAUCGCAGCAAAAAGCGACUUAUCGGAGAUAUUACCAUCGCUCUGGAUUUAGUCGACCUCCAAUACUGUGUAAAUAGAUGGUACUGCUUGAUGUCACAGCAAACGACUGAAAAACCUAUACCACACACGAGGCCUCGUUUAUCUAUCGCUUCAACGAAUUCUAUGUCGUCUAUUGAUGCGCCUGUGCAUAGUGAUAUCUUUCCUACCCGAGAUCAGAGGAAGCAGAAGCUUAAGCAGCAAAGAGAUCGAUAUAGAACGAAAGCUUCAUCUCUUAGUGAACCACGAACAUCACAAACUAUCGACAAUCAAGGAAAAGAUUCUGCGGAAACAUCAGAAGCUGACAAAAUAUCUGCAAUGGAAAGUGAUAACUCUUACCUUGAACGGGAUUUGUACAUGCUGCAAUCGACUGGUGCCACUGCAGAUACUACAGAAGUUAGCGUUCAUGAACAAGAAGACAAAAUAUCUGCAGCAUCUGAGACAGAGUUCGUUCUGCCGCCUCGGUCUUCUUCAGAAACACUACCAGCCAAUGCUACUACAGACGACGAACAAUGGUUCUAG